AACUAAAAGGUGAAGAAGAAGAAAAAGAGCUCACCGGAUGUUGAUAGAUAGAAAAGCUCACAUGUUAACAAGUAUCCCGCGGAUAGUGUUUGCGUUGUUAAAUUAAACUAGACAUUCCAAAGAUGUCGGCGUCGUUGAUCAGGAGAGGACUGGAGCUGCUGAGCAAUGACAUUAAAGGUGACAAUAAGCUGAAGAAGAAGAAGCAGUCCACACCCAGUGCUGCCACAGUGAGGGGGCUGGUGAGCACCAAGCGACAGGGCGUGACCCGGCAGGUCAAGCGGCUGCAGGGCCGCCUUUGUCCCGCCAAGAGCAAAGCUACGGUCAAAGACAAGAGGAUCAAGUGUGCUGUGGACGAGUUCCGGAAAAAGCAGCAGAAAAGUCCGAUUUCGGACAACCUCAAAUACCUUAUGAGAACCAGCUUCAAGGCAGACAGAUCUGACACGUCAAAGAUCCAGAGCUACAAUGCAGGAAGGCAGUCCAGGAAUCGCCCUGACAAGCCUACUCAGGAGCCCAAAGAGAUGUCAGUGUUCACAGAGAAGGAGUUCCAGCAGUUCCAGAAGGAAUAUUUUGGCACAACCGUGGCUGCCAAGAAAAAGAGUUCAUCCAAACAAUAAACUCUCAGAGAAGACGCCAAGCUGCAUUACUGGACCUGAGAGUAGCAAUGCUUGCUAACUUGCUAAAGAUCAAGCUGAAUGUGUCUCUACGGACUUUGAUUAUUAUUUUUUAUGUGCAUUCUGCAAGAAGACCUUAUGCUUGAAUUCUAGUAAACGAAUGCUCCAUA